AUGCGGUCGCAACGUCGCAUGAGGCUAUACUUGAUGGCCGCCUUGGCGGUCUUCUUUGUGAUUCUCUAUCUCACGACCGAUGCAGGAGGGAUUCAGAAUCACAAGUUCUACAAAUCCACAGUGGCUGCCAUGGACAGAGCCCGAGCGGCGAAGAAUGCUCCGACAAAUGAGAAUGCGCAUAUCCAGAAGCUGGACUCUCCAGUCGCCGCAGACGAGAAGGUGUUACGAGUGAACAAAGACAAUCCCGACACCGCAUCCAACGACAAGUCGGAGGAGAUGGAAGAGAUCGCCGUCGCAGGAAGAACAAAGAUGCAGGUUCCAAAGCAGAGGGAGGACCAAAAGCCUGCAGCAGAGACGAAGAGGCCGCAGGGAGCCGACACUGAGAGCAAGGAGGACGUCGAGGCCAAGACAGAGCUGAAUGAUAUCUUGAAGCGAUCACCAAUAAUUAUCUUCUCAAAGUCCUACUGCCCCUACAGCGCUAGAGCCAAGUCGAUACUCAUGGACAAAUACUCCAUUGUGCCUGCACCCUUCGUUGUCGAGCUCGAUCAACAUCCAUUGGGGCCACGGCUUCAGCAGCUCCUGGCCGAGAGUACGGGGCGUCGCACAGUCCCUAAUAUUAUGGUGAAUGGACAAAGCAUCGGUGGUGGAGACGAUAUCGCUGCACUAGACAGGGAUGAUGAAUUGGCGUCCAAAAUCAAAUCUCUAGGUGCUUUGGUAUAUCGGGGAUCCAGAGGGGCUAUUGGCCGUAUAGAUGAUGCAUGUUACUUGUAUGAGUUUUUGUGUCCAGACUUUCAUACUGCUCUAAGAACCUUAGAUUGGAGAAUGUCUCACAAUUCUGAACAUCAACUUGUCAGUACGAGCGAAUUCGACGCACAACCCGUGCGCACCUCGAAUUUCGCUCCACCAAAGGCUUCUGCUCGUCGAAUUUCCAUCGACGACCGACCGCACCGCACGUCGACGACAAACGACGAUCCUCCUCCUCUCCUCCUCCUCGGUCAUAAUUUCACGCCACUCAGAGAGGCAAGAUGCGGUACAUUCACUCCGAGGAGACGCUGCCAAUCCCCGAGAAUGGGAACAGAGAUAUAUGCUCAGUUUCAUGUUGCGCCGGGUGGGACGGAGACCAAUGAAUGGAAAGAGGCCGAUGGGCAUUUUAGGAAGAUGAUUGCUUUGGAAAAUGCGUUCAAUUGCGACGAGGAGCUGACCAGUGUCUUUUUUCCUAUAGUGAAAAUUCACAUUCGUUCGCGGGUUGUCACCGUUGAGGGUCCUCGAGGCAAGCUGACCAAGGACCUCUCCCACAUUGCCGUGACAUUCGGUCGCCCAUCCAAGAAUGUCAUCUCCAUUCAGAUGCACCACGGCUCCCGCAAGAGUGUUGCUGCCCUCCGCACUGUCCGCACCAUCAUCAACAACCUGAUCAUCGGUGUCACCAAGGGCUUCCUCUACAAGAUGCGCUACGUCUACGCCCACUUCCCCAUCAACGUCAACAUUGAGAAGAACAAGGAGACCGGUCUGUAUGAGGUUGAGAUCAGAAACUUCCUUGGUGAGAAGAUCGUGCGCCGCGUGACUGCCCAGCCUGGUGUCGAGGUGUCCAUCUCUCCCAACGUCAAGGAUGAGCUCCAGCUCUCUGGAAACUCCCUUGAGGGUGUGUCGCAGAGUGCUGCCGACAUCCAGCAGAUCUGCCGAGUCCGCAACAAGGAUAUCCGGAAGUUCCUGGACGGUCUGUACGUGUCGGAGCGGACCAACGUUGUUCAGGACUAA